GGCGAGAGAGAAAGUAACUCCAGGACGAGACCGGAGCGACCCGCGCGCAUCGAGCACUAGGCGACGAGGCUGCGCCUGGCGCCCGACACCGGCGGCUGCGGGGGGCGGGGGCUGCGCCGGAGCCCGAUCCGCCGCUCCGGCUCCGAGCAGUGGCCUCGGGAGACUGUGGUCCACCGCAGAUGCGUUUGUUGGAGGGAACAGUGGAGAUUCGGGUCAAGGCGUAAGGCCUGGGGCUUCCAAUGAUACUCUGGGCAGGGAUGGAAGCCUAGAUGCCUCACCGCAAGGAGCGGCCGAGCGGGUCCUCGCUUAACGCACACGGCAGCAGCGGCGGCACCACCUCGGAGGGAGGCAAUAUGUCCCGGCUGUCACUCACCCGGUCGCCUGUGUCUCCCCUGGCUGCCCAGGGGAUCCCACUGCCAGCUCAGCUCACCAAAGCCAACGCACCUGUGCACAUUGAUGUGGGCGGUCACAUGUACACCAGCAGCCUAGCCACACUCACCAAGUACCCUGAUUCCAGAAUAAGCCGCCUCUUCAAUGGCACAGAGCCCAUUGUCCUAGACAGUCUCAAGCAACAUUAUUUCAUCGACCGGGAUGGGGAGAUUUUCCGCUACAUCCUGAGUUUCCUGCGGACGUCCAAACUGCUGCUUCCAGAUGACUUCAAGGACUUCAACCUGCUGUAUGAGGAGGCGCGGUACUACCAACUGCAGCCCAUGGUUCGUGAGCUGGAGCGUUGGCAGCAAGAACAAGAACAGCGACGCCGUAGCCGCGCCUGCGACUGCCUGGUGGUACGAGUCACCCCCGACCUGGGUGAACGCAUUGCACUCAGUGGCGAGAAAGCUCUCAUUGAGGAGGUCUUCCCUGAGACCGGGGAUGUCAUGUGCAACUCCGUCAACGCUGGCUGGAACCAGGACCCCACACACGUCAUCCGUUUUCCCCUCAAUGGCUAUUGUCGACUCAACUCUGUGCAGGUCCUAGAAAGGCUGUUUCAGAGGGGGUUCAGCGUGGCCGCCUCCUGCGGGGGCGGUGUGGACUCCUCUCAGUUCAGCGAGUAUGUGCUUUGCCGGGAGGAGCGGCGACCGCAGCCCACCCCCACUGCCGUGCGGAUAAAGCAAGAACCCCUGGACUAGGCCCUGCCUUGGGGCCCGCCUGAGACCCCCUCACUCCUGGGGCAACCCCAGGGGCAUGGAAACAGUGCCGAGGAGUCCCUGCCUGGUUGUGCUUCACAGACUGAGGGUGGGAAUGAAGGGUCUGAGCUCAUCCCUGGGAGUACCAGCUGUCAUGGCAACAGGAUGAGGGAUGCCUGUGCAAGGACUGUCGAUGUGACCCAGAGAUGCCGGGCUGCACCUAUGCUGCCAGCUUCUAGCCCUUCUGCUCCUCAGCCUGGUACAGCAUCCUCUGCUGGGCCAGUCACCUCAGAGCGGCUGUUUAUCCUCCACGCUUGGCGGACAUUGGCAGGCUUCCUCGUGUUGGAGAUGGCUUAUUUUUCUACAGUAUUUAAAACACAACUAACUGUCGAUGCCCAAGUCGGCAAGGCCAACAAGGACCGUCGCUGCUUUCACGUGGUGCUCAGCUCUCAGCCCAGUGUUGAGCAAGCCUUGCAAAGGAUGUGCUGCCGGCGGUCAGGCCCAGGUGCCUGCUGAGCUGGGGCUGUGGGGACAGAUGUGGCAGGCAGCUGUGGUGGUGCGCCGCUGCCUAAGAUGGAACAGGGCCCCUGGGGCAGGGCAGCCGGGAGGGGGCUCUGGGGGCUAAGUGACUCUGUGACUUUUAUCUGAGACACUCUGCUGCCGCCUGUAACCCAGGCUGUACUUGGUGCACACCUGACCUGCCAAUGCCCAGCAGCUUCCCGUCCCAACUGACUGUGUUCACGUCUGGGUUCUCGGAGAAGUCUCCACCCAUCCAGUCAGCACAGGCCACAGCUUAUCUCAGGAAUGGGCCCUUCUACCAAGGGACCCAUCUGUCACCGCCAGUCUCUGGGUCCCCAGCUCAGGGAGCCACCCUCUGCCCCAACUCCAAUUUCCCCACACUCAUGCACAUGGAGUUUUAAUUAAAUGUACUAAACUAGCCUGUCAGUAAGGCACAGACCCCGGCUUCCCCAGUGCUCCUAACUCCAAAUCCCAACAAGGACUGGCCUGAGAGGUCCUCACAGACCACAGGCCCCAAAGGUGGACACACAGGCCUUGUCACAUCUCCCCUAGUCCUCCCAAGUCGGGGGAUGGCAGAGACCUGAUGAAGGGGCGCCCUGGCCGGCACCCCCUUGUGUAUAAUGCCUGUAGACUUGUAUAUGGCUCCUUUAAUAUUGUAAAGAUGCUGAUGUACAAUUGUUUUGUGUUUGUGUAAACACAUUGCGUUCCUGGUUCAUGCCAUAAAGAACGCUAUAAAGCGGAA